UGAUUGAGGGCGGGUUGAUUUGACGGGGAGGUGCAGCGUCGUUUUCUGCCGCUGCUGCUGCCGCCGCCGCCUGUUGCUGCAAAGAUCAUAGAGCGGAGAGUUGCUGCUCCUGAUCGCAGGCCGGGCGGCCCUUGACUCGCAGCGGCCGCUAUGGCGGUGGAGUUGACCUUCCUGGGCACCGGCUCGGCCUACCCGUCGCCCACGCGCGGAGCCUCGGCCGUGGCGCUGCGCUACGAGGGCGAGUGUUGGCUCUUCGACUGCGGCGAGGGGACGCAGACACAGUUGAUGCGGAGCCAGUUGAGAGCAGGUAAAAUUUCAAAAAUUUUCAUUACUCAUCUUCAUGGUGAUCAUCUAUUUGGUUUGCCUGGACUUCUAUGCACAGUAAGCCUCCAGAGUAGUUCUCUCUUAAACAAACAGCCUGUUGAAAUUUAUGGGCCUGUUGGAUUAAGGACAUUUCUGAGGACGUGCAUGCACCUGUCUCACUCGCAAUUGGUCUUUUCGUAUGUAGUCCAUGAACUGGUACCAACUGAGGAUCAGUGUUUUCCUGAGGAAUGGAGGAGCCCCUCUGCACACAAUGUGGAUGAUCAGCUUCAUCCACAGGAACUACAAGGAAAAACAAUUCAUCUUGAUCCUCAGGAAGACUGUUACAAUCUUGUCACCCAUGAACAGUUCAUAGUAAAAGCCUUUAGGCUUUUUCAUCGCAUACCAUCUUUUGGGUUUGUAAUUGAGGAGAGAGAACGACCAGGAAAGCUUCAGACUCAAAAACUGAAAGAUAUGGGUAUUCAACCAGGACCUUUGUAUGGGAAACUAAAAAAUGGACAGCCCGUCACUCUUAACAACGGGUUAACUGUUUUUCCUAUGGAUGUUCUGGAAGCUCCCAUUCCAGGUAGAAAAAUAUGCAUUUUGGGAGAUUGUUCAGGAACAGUGGGUGAAAAAGGUAAAAAACUUUGCAUUGAUGCUGAUGUGCUGGUGCAUGAGGCCACACUAAAUGAUAGUCAGUCUGACAAGGCUGAGGAACAUGGACACUGCACUCCGAAGACAGCUGCAGAGUUUGCAAAAUUAUGCAAAGCUAAACGUCUGGUCCUCACACACUUCAGUCAAAGAUACAAACCUACUGCCCUUACUAAUGAAGGAGAUGAUGACGUAAAGGAACUGAAGACUCAAGCUGAGCUGGUACUAGAAGGACAGGAAGUAAUUCUGGCCGAAGACUUUAUGGUGAUUGAAAUUCCUUUUAACAGGACAAAGUAACAAGUAAUCUCAGCACAGUAAAACACUAUAAUGAAGUAAUAUAGAAUGUGAUUGGAUGAAUUAUUGUAUUAACGUUGCAAUUAUUUUACAGAUUUAUUAUUGUGAAAUCUGUUACACAAGAUAACCUUGAAAUUUUAAUGAGCAUCCUUGACAAUUACUGCUUCUGAAUGAGCAUUAGAACUAGUGAUGUUUGCAUUAUUUGCUCUUAGUACCAUGAUGUUGAAGGAUGUUAUACAUUUAGAAAGCUACCCGA